CACGUGGAGUUUGUCUGUGGCGCAUCGAACCACCGCGACAUACUCCGUACGAAUCGCCUUCACCCUUCAGCAGUUCAGCUCUUUUAACAAAGUAACACCAAUUUUAAAAACACACCAAGGGUUUCGAGUUUCCACUCAUUCAAACAAAUCCCAUUACAAUGUCGAUGCUUCGAUUCUGCAAUCAAAUAAGGAACAAUGCUCCUCAUUCCUUAAGAUUCUCAAGGUUCAUUAAUUCACUGCAAUUUGCAACUGUCAAAGCUGAAGAGAUAUCAGGCUCUCAGCCUGCUGAAGUACAAAGUUUGGUUCAGGGGAAAUGGAUACAAGAUGGGAAUUGGAAUACAAUUUUGGAUCCUCUGAAUGGGGAAUCAUUCAUCAAAGUUUCAGAAGUAGAUGAAAGUGGAAUAAAGCCUUUUGUAGAAAGCUUAACUAAAUGCCCUAAACAUGGCCUUCAUAACCCAUUCAAAUCCCCAGAGAGAUAUCUUUUAUAUGGAGAUGUAUCCGCAAAAGCAGGACAUCUUCUUUCAACACCUGAGGUUUCUGAUUUCUUUACCAAGUUAGUACAAAGAGUCUCACCAAAGAGUUAUCAGCAGGCUUAUGCUGAAGUUUAUGUUACAGCAAAGUUUCUUGAGAAUUUCUCAAGUGAUCAGGUACGUUUUCUUGCAAGAUCUUUUGGAGUACCUGGGAAUCAUCUUGGUCAACAAAGUCAUGGUUUCCGUUGGCCUUAUGGCCCUGUGGCGUUAAUUACACCAUUUAAUUUUCCUCUAGAGAUUCCUGUACUCCAGCUAAUGGGAGCACUUUAUAUGGGAAACAAGCCUGUUCUUAAAGUUGAUAGCAAAGUAUGCAUUGUAAUGGAGCAAAUGCUUCGAUUACUCCAUGCUUGUGGGAUGCCUAUGGAAGAUGUUGACUUCAUCAAUUCUGAUGGAGGAACAAUGAACAAACUACUUUUAGAAGCAAAUCCACGAAUGACACUCUUUACGGGUAGCUCAAGAGUAGCAAAUAAGUUGGCUUAUGAUUUAAAUGGUCGAGUUAAAUUAGAAGAUGCAGGAUUUGACUGGAAGAUCCUUGGCCCUGAUGUUCAUGAGGUGGAUUAUGUUUCAUGGGUUUGUGAUCAAGAUGCGUAUGCUUGUAGUGGUCAAAAGUGCUCAGCACAAUCAUUGUUAUUCGUGCACGAGAAUUGGGGAAAAACCUCAUUCAUGCAUCAAUUAAGCACUCUUGCUGGUAGGAGGAAGCUUGAUGAUUUGACUAUUGGCCCUGUUCUUACAUUCACAACAAAAGCAAUGCUGGACCACAAGAACAAUUUGCUUAGGAUUCCAGGGGCAAAGUUACUAUUUGGUGGUGAAGAAUUGGAAAAUCAUUCGAUUCCUUCAAUAUAUGGUGCGAUAAAACCAACAGCUAUUUUUGUUCCAAUUGAACAAAUACUAAAGAAAGAACAUUAUGAGCUUGUUACUAAGGAAAUAUUUGGCCCAUUCCAGAUUAUCACCGAGUAUAAAGACAGCCAAAUCCCAAUGGUGUUGGAAGCCCUUGAAAAGAUGCAUGCACAUUUAACCGCUGCUGUGGUCUCUAAUGAUCCGUUGUUUAUUCAGGAUAUUUUGGGGCAUACGGUUAAUGGAACUACUUAUGUUGGGCUUAGAGCAAGAACUACCGGAGCACCACAGAAUCAUUGGUUUGGACCUGCUGGAGAUCCAAGAGGUGCGGGAAUAGGAACUCCUGAAGCGAUAAAACUUGUGUGGUCUUGUCAUAGAGAAGUCAUAUAUGACCAUGGACCAGUUCCAAACAACUGGCAAAUCCCACCUUCUACUUGAGUCAAUUCAAUGCUGCUUCAGUUAUAAUCUUAACAUGACCAUGUGUUCUUUCAAGGUUUUGAUUUUUAAAUUAAUUAACAUCAACAUAUGGCCAUCGGGUU